AUGUCAACUGCCGACAUCUCCCAGCUGUCCUCCACACAACAGGAGGCACUGCAGACCUACACGGCUGUGACGGAUCAGGAUCCUAUCGCAGCCAUUCCCCUACUUCAGCGGGCAGAAUGGAAUGUGCAAAUCGCCAUUGCUCGAUUUUUCGAUGGGGAACCAACCACCGACCCCGUGGCCGAAGCCCGCGCUCAACUUCCAUCUACGUCUGCAAGACAGACUUCUAAUCUACAAUAUGAAUCUCUUCUUGCUAGCAGCACACGACAUCCGGCCUCCCGGGCAAAUCCUGAAGAUGUAGUGGACAGAGUCGACACUUCUACCGCAAACGAAACCCAUUACCGCCCUUCCUUCCUCUUCUCCCUCAUCUUCACACCGUUUAGCAUCAUGUACCGCGUUCUAAGCACAGUUCUUUCUCCCUUUGGAUUCCUCGUUCCCGCAUUCCUCUCGCGUCUAUUCACCCGUCUAAUGUACCAACAAUCAAGACCCAUUCGCCGGGCGUUGCCUCCAGGAGAAAACACUCGAAGAUUCAUGCGGGAAUUCAGUGAAGAGUACGGAGAAAAUACACUACCAUUUGCAGAGACUGGGUUCAAUUUGACCCUGGACAACGCCAAAAGGGAUCUGAAAUUCAUUCUCGUAGUGCUGCUGUCCCCCAGCCAUGACGAAAACCACACAUGGGUUCGAGACACAUUACUUUCCAGCCAAUUCAAGACUUUCCUCGAUUCUCACAAAGACGAGAUGAUUCUCUGGGGUGGGAAUGUUCGAGACUCGGAGGCAUAUCAGGUGUCCACUAGUCUGCAAUGUACCAAGUUUCCUUUUGCAGCAUUAGUCUGCCAAACCACAGAAUCUGGCUCGUCCAAUAUGACAGUCAUUAUGCGAGCGGCGGGGCCCACAACAGUGUCGGAGCUGGUUGCUAAACUGGGCACAGCUAUGACUUCGCACCAAGCACAACUUGGAGCAGCUAGAGCUCAACGUGCUGAGCAACAGGCAUCUCGAAAUCUUCGACAGGAACAAGAUUCUGCCUACGAACGCUCGCUAGCUCAAGAUCGUGAGCGUGCUCGUCAGAGACGGGAACAGCAGGAAGCUGCUGAACGAGCCGAACGCGAAGCCAGAGAAAUCGCUCAGGCGGCGGAGAAGAAGCAACAGAACAUCGCACAGUGGAAGCAAUGGCGUGCUCAAUCGCUCCCAGACGAGCCUGGAGCUGAUGUCAAAGAUGCUAUUAGGAUUAGCAUUCGCAUGGCAUCUGGGGAGAGGGUGAUCCGGAAGUUUCGAGCCGAUGCAGAUCUGGAAGAAUUGUAUGCAUUCGUCGAAUGCUAUGAUGUUGCAAAGGCUUCUGAUGAGGAGUCUCCUGACGCACGUGAAAAAGGAAUUGAGGAGCCAGCGAAUUACGCACACCAAUAUAGGUUUCGACUAGUUUCACCCAUGCCGAGGACGGUUUUUGACUUGGAGAAGGGCGGCUGGGUGGGGGAAAGGGUGGGCAGAGGAGCAAAUCUGAUUGUCGAGCCCAUUACCGAGGAUGAAGAUGAAGAUGGAGAUGACUUGGAUGAAUGA